AGCUGCUUUAGUCCAACCGGCGUGGGCGCAGCCGGUUGGUUCGUCAUGGACGAGGUGGUCAAGAACGCGGUGGAGGCUUUGUCCGAGAAUUCUAAUUUUGUUGAGUUGACCAAGAUCAAGGCGGAUGCCAAGGUUCGGUCGUACUUCAGACGGGUUCUCUUCAAGCCGCCGUGGGAAGACCCAACCUGGGUUUUGUAUUUCCAGAGCCGGCCGACAGAGUGGGAGUUCGACGAGAAAACCUUGGGUGUCAAAGUGAAGUCCGAGCUCGCCACUCAGAUCGAGGAAGCCGCGCGCAACAAGCGCAAGACCGCUGCCUUUCCUGAGGGGCUGUACACCGCGGUGCUCCGCUCCGGGACGCCCGUAGAGACCUCCAUGGUGGUGGCAAAUGCCAAGGAUAGUGAGAUUGCGGCCCUGCCAAUUGACGCCAUUGAAGCACUGCUGGGCUCCCUGAGCAACAAGCCCGAGGACCCAACUGGCAUGCACAAGCACAUGGAAGCAUCGG